GAUCUAAUUCUAUAUUAGUUUUAUAAACAAUUAUACUGCUAAUCAAGUGCUGAUUUGGGCACAAAUUAAACAGCUUUUGGCACGUAAUAGGUUCACAAUGGGCACUUUAAGGGCAUUACAAAAGCAUUAUACUAGCAUUAUUAUGGUCAAAAAAGUGUUAAUAGCAUGACAAAAGCAUUAUAUUAGCAUUAUUAUAAUCAAAAAAGUGUUAACAGCAUGACAAAAGCAUUAUAUUAGCAUUAAUACUGUAAAAAAAUAUAUAAUUGCAUUAUAUUAGCACAAUUAUUGGCAAUGAAGUUGUUAAUCGCAUUACAAAAGCAUUGUACUAGCAUUAAUACAACACUAAAAUUCUUCAUGUGUUCACAGUUGAAACUUAAAUCAAUCUGGCAUUACAGAAAAAACAUCCUUAUUGCCAUACGGUACAAUAGAAAAACAUAAUAAUUUAAGUAAUUGUCUGCGAUAUUGACUGUGGUGACAAAAACUGAGUGCGAGUUUGUUGUUUUUGUUUAUUCUCGUGAUUAAGGUUAGGUACCUUACCGAAAAUGACAUACAAAAUAGUGCAGACAAUAGAGAGAGGUAGAAAAAGUCUGGUUAUUGUACCUUCUUUCUGGGAAGAUAAAGGAAAAUUGUGGUGGCCGCCUAAAAAGACUCUGUUUAAAUUAAUGAAAGAUGACCAAUCUAAACCCAGUAAAGACUGGAAAUUAAUGAAGUGCACGUUGAAAAGAAACAAUAUUCAGACAUACCAGCUUGCUGAUGAUGAAUUAUCUGCAAUGGAAGAAAAUUCAGACACAGAUGUUCAAGAUACAGUUGUGGUUGAGCCUCGAGAGACAGUUGACCUGCCAAGUCAAGGAGAAAUAAAUUUUGAACUUUUGGCUAAUAAUUUGACAUACAAUCAAGAAAAUCAAGAAAACUCAAACAUUAACCUCACAGCUACUGAAAACUUCACUAACAGUGAAAAUGUACUACAGAUAUUAAACGCAGAAACUGUGAACUUUGAUCUAAUUUUAAGCAAUCAAAAUAUUAUUGCUCAAAAAUUGGAUACUGUGCUACAAAUUCAAGAAGUCGCUCUCAAAAACCAAGAAAAGAUAACCCAAGAAUUGGCCAGACAAUCUGUUCAGUUAGAUGAAAUAACUGUACAACUCGCAGAGAUAAAUGAGGGGCGUACAACUGGUACAAACGUUACUUUAUUGAAAGAUGUAAACGCUGCAGAUAAUGAAAGUUUUGCGUUCAAGCCCAUUGACAGUCAAAGAGAGCUUAUAUCACUGGACCAGUUAUUAGCAGACAAAACAGAAAAAAAAAAAUUUCGACAUCAUUUGUCAUUUUUAUGCACACCUUCGAACGGCACGGGAAUAACUUGUGCUUAUAAAUUACUUGAUAUUCUAUUUACUCGGGAUUUCCUUUGCUUGUGUUCCUGGGCGGGUGGAAGUAGAGGAGAUAGGUCCAAAAUUGCCCUUAAAGACUACAAGAACCUUCUGAAAUUCUUUCAUGCAAUGAUACUAACUUGGGAUCCAACAUAUACUGUUCAAGAUAACGAAAAAUUUUUCAAAAUUGUUACAAGAAAUUCAACGCAAAGGAAAUGCAUGAAAAACGUAAGAACAUCUUCUAAGAGAUCUCGCAAGCUUAAGGAUAAUUUAGAUAAACGACAAAAGACUGGGAAUGAAAAGCCACCAAAUGAUGACACCAAAGACACUGAAAGAGAAAGCAUACAAAUUGAAGCACGUGCAGCAAUUGAUGUUGACGACGAAACUGAAGAAGAAAGCCAGGUAAUUCAAGAACAAGCAUUGGAGAAAGAAAAUAUUACUAAUAAUAUUAUUGAUGAUGAGGAUGAAUAUGAUUUGUGUUAAUCAACGUAUUUAUGUGGUUAAGUUUUUAAAAGGUAAAAAGU